UGACGCAGAGGGAGACGGACCAGAGCCGACCGCGGAUUGGCCGUGGCGGGCUGUGAAGGCGUGGCCAGCGCGCGCGAGAGGGAGCGCGAGGGAGCGGGCGACCGCCCUGCCAGCUAGCCGAAGUCCAGGGCGAGCGCGGCGGGCAGGGGUCGGGUUGAGGAACGCGGCGCGGGAGGCGCGUCCCCCAGCUGCCCUCCGCGGCUCGAGCACCCCACUUCCUUCCCUCCCCUCCCUUGCGCUCCGGCCUGGGGUCUCCGGGCGGGGAGCGGAGGGAAGGGACGAAGGAGGAGGAGGUUUCGCGGAGUGAGGGGCGGAGGGGGUCCCGGAGCGGGGCGAAGCGCGCGCUGCCUCUCACUCUCCCGCCGCUGCCUUUGCCUCCUCGCCCGGUGCCGCGGCCCCGGGGCGCCCGCACUAUGCAGGCGGACUGCCGGCCGCCGCGAUGGCGAGCCGGGCGGUGGUGAGAGCCGGGCACAGCCCUCAUCGUUUCCUAGUCCGGGCCGCGGCCGCCGCCCCCGCCCAGGCCGCGAUCCCCCUCUCCCGCUCCUACCCCCUCCCUCCCCGCUCCAACUCCUCCUCCUCCCCCUCCCCCUCCUCCUUCCCCAUGCCUCUGUUCCUCCUUCUCUUACUUAUCUUGCUCCUGCUGCUCGAGGACGCCGGAGCCCAGCAAGGUGAUGGAUGUGGACAUACUGUACUAGGCCCUGAAAGUGGAACCCUGACGUCCAUAAACUACCCACAGACCUAUCCUAACAGCACUGUUUGCGAAUGGGAGAUCCGUGUAAAGAUGGGAGAGCGAGUGCGCAUCAAAUUUGGUGACUUUGACAUUGAAGAUUCUGAUUCUUGUCACUUUACUUACUUGAGAAUUUAUAAUGGAAUUGGAGUUAGCAGAACCGAAAUAGGCAAAUACUGUGGUCUGGGGUUGCAAAUGAACCAUUCAAUUGAAUCAAAAAGCAAUGAAAUUACAGUGCUGUUCAUGAGUGGAAUUCAUGUUUCUGGACGAGGAUUUUUGGCUUCAUACUCGGUUAUAGAUAAGCAAGAUCUAAUUACUUGUUUAGACACUGCAUCCAGUUUUUUGGAACCUGAGUUCAGCAAGUACUGCCCAGCUGGUUGUCUGCUUCCUUUUGCUGAGAUAUCUGGAACAAUCCCUCAUGGAUAUAGAGAUUCCUCACCAUUGUGCAUGGCUGGUGUGCAUGCAGGCGUAGUGUCAAACAUUUUGGGUGGCCGGAUUAGUGUCGUAAUUAGUAAAGGCAUCCCGUACUAUGAAAGUUCUUUGGCUAACAACGUAACGUCUGUGGUGGGACACUUAUCUACAAGUCUUUUUACAUUUAAGACAAGUGGUUGUUAUGGAACACUGGGCAUGGAAUCUGGCGUGAUUGCCGAUGCUCAAAUAACGGCAUCAUCUGUGCUGGAGUGGACGGACCACACAGGGCAAGAGAACAGCUGGAAACCCGAAAAGGCCAGGCUGAAAAAACCUGGACCUCCUUGGGCUGCUUUUGCCACUGAUGAAUAUCAGUGGUUGCAAAUAGAUCUGAAUAAGGAAAAGAAGAUCACAGGCAUUGUAACCACGGGCUCCACCAUGGUGGAGCACAAUUACUAUGUGUCAGCCUACAGAGUUCUGUACAGUGACGAUGGGCAGAGAUGGACUGUGUACAGAGAGCCUGGUGUGGAGCAGGAUAAGAUAUUUCAAGGAAACAAAGAUUAUCACCAGGAUGUGCGUAAUAACUUUUUGCCACCAAUUAUUGCACGUUUUAUUAGAGUGAAUCCUACCCAAUGGCAGCAGAAAAUUGCCAUGAAAAUGGAACUGCUUGGAUGUCAGUUUAUUCCUAAAGGUCGUCCUCCAAAACUUACUCAGCCUCCACCUCCUCGGAGCAGCAGUGACCUCAAAAACACUACAGCCCCUACAAAAAUAGCCAAAGGUCGUGCCCCCAAAUUUACUCAACCACUACAACCUCGAAGUAGCAAUGAAUUUCCUGCACACACAGAGCAAACAACUGCCACUCCUGAAAUCAAAAAUACCACCAUAACUCCAAAUGUAACCAAAGAUGUAGCCUUGGCCGCCGUCCUUGUCCCUGUGCUGGUCAUGGUCCUUACCACUCUCAUUCUCAUACUAGUGUGUGCUUGGCAUUGGAGAAACAGAAAGAAAAAAGCUGAAGGCACCUAUGACUUACCUUACUGGGACCGGGCAGGUUGGUGGAAAGGAAUGAAGCAGUUUCUUCCUGCCAAAUCAGUGGAGCACGAGGAAACCCCAGUUCGCUACAGCAGUAGUGAAGUGAAUCACCUGAGUCCUAGAGAAGUCACCACGGCGCUGCAGGCUGACUCUGCAGAGUAUGCACAGCCACUUGUGGGAGGAAUUGUUGGCACACUCCAUCAGAGGUCUACCUUUAAACCAGAGGAAGGCAAAGAAGCAGGCUAUGCUGACCUAGACCCUUACAGCUCCCCUGUGCAGGAAGUCUAUCAUGCCUAUGCUGAACCACUCCCGGUUACUGGGCCUGAGUACGCAACCCCAAUUGUCAUGGAUAUGUCCGGGCACCCCACAGCUUCGGUUGGCCUGCCCUCAGCGUCCACUUUCAAAGCUGCAGGGAACCAACCUCCCCCUCUAGUGGGAACAUACAGCACUCUUCUCUCCAGGACUGACAGCUGCUCCUCCGCCCGGGCCCAGUACGAUACGCCGAAAGGUGGGAAGCCGACUCCAAGUGCCCCAGAUGAAUUGGUGUACCAAGUGCCACAGAGCGCACAGGGGCUGUCAGGAGCAGGGAGGGAUGGUGGAUGUGGUGUUUUUAAAGAUAUCCUUUGAAGGUGAUGCUGCUUUUUACAAAGCAUCAUUUUAAAGCACAUGGCCUUUUUAAAAUUGUAUUAGUGGUAGUAAUAUAUAGAACGUAUUACAUAUCUGUCACGGACGUGGUUGGGGGAAAUGUGAUGACCGAGGUACAGGAAACUACUAAUCUUGCCAUCUAGCUUUAAAAGUGUUACUGUAGCACAGUUACUGCUUGCCUAUUAAAUUUCAAAUACCCUGUUUGUUACUACUGUAAAACACUAUUUUAUACAGAAAAAGCUCCCUACUAUGCACUUCAAAGAAAUUAAAAAUCACUGAGAGUAUUUAUUACCAGUGCUGCAGUUACAUUGAUGAACUCGAGAUGGCUCUGUAAGCCUUUCUGGCAAUAACGCAUGGUACUGUUAUAAAAUGUCUGAUGGCUUGAAAUUCUGCUCUUUGUGAAAGGUGGGUACUAUCAUGACUUCUUCCUCUUCUAUUCCUAUAUUGCUUUCUGAAUUUUUUUAGAAAAUAGUGACAUAAUCCUUGUUUUGAUUGCAGUCAUAUAUAUAUACUUAUCCAUCUUUCCUUAGGAAGAGCUAUAGCUGGGAAACUGACCUGCAGUGAGCAGAGUGAUUUUCCACUUUCUGACACUCUAACGAGCUUUAACAUUUCAUAGUACAUAACUUGGCCUCAUCCCUGCUUGUUCCACCUGGGGCCCUUGGUGGCCAGCCCCGUUCUUGUGUUUAUAAAUGCUUGAGUUUUUUCAGUGGGUGAUGCUUGCUUUAUCAACCUCAUUAUUUCAGAUCCCCUAAGGUUUCCAUGUGAAAACAGGAACAACUUUACAAAUUAAAAAAGCUGUAAAGGAGAUUCUCCGCCCCGAACUUUACUUGCAAUGGAAUUUUUCCUAGGAGAGUUGUGAAAAGUUGAGGGUUUCUAAAAGUGAACACUAAACAAUACCCACUUAUAUUUAUCACGGUGAAAGGCAAAAUCAUGACUCCUCGGGAGUCAUAUAAAUUACCCACCCACCCCCGCCGCCAAAAAAAGUAACCGAAUUUGUCCUCUUUGGUUUUAUGUAUACAGAUUAUUCUUUGACUCUCAAGGUAAUUUAUUGUUUUUAGUCGAAUAAAGAAAUACUUGUUUUCCACAGUAAACUACUGUAAGAAAUGUAAACCCAGCAUGUAUUCUUCAGCUCUGUUUGAUUAUGCCAUCUAUGUGGUAGGGGGUGCAGUCCUUUAUAUCAUACCUAGGGAACAAAUGUUUCAGCAUCCUAGCAAGGGAAAAUUCCUGUCUUGUUUUUGAUACCUCUGGGCAACUUCUUUGUCACCAUUUGCCCAGAACUAGUUUAAAUGACUGAAAUAGAAACCAUGUGCAGUUUAUUAGCGUUAGUGUGGAAACCAUCUUUAAAAGUCUUUAGACUGGUAAGAUGAUAUGAGAAGCUGACCAUAUGAUUAAAAUAUAUAAAACUUGACAUCCCCUCUUCUAUCAAUCAAUAUAAACCUUAGUUUGCAGACUUAAUAUUGAAAUAUACUUCCCCAUCAGGUUCUAGUCAUUUCUUUUAGCCUGUGCCACCAGAUGAUGGCAGAAUAUGCUAAAUUUGACUAAUGAUGUAGUGUUCAUUUCGCUUGCUUCCAUGAGUCUAUCAGUAUUGUAAAACGUUGCUUCAAAACAGAACUGCCUAUUUCUACAGCCUCCCUGCCUUCUAGUUGUAUGAUUUUGUUGGUCUUAUUUUCAGUGGCUUUUCCUUUUUCCAACAGACUUUUGAGGCAUAAUUUUAUUCACUGAAAAACCAAUACACAUUUUGUUUCAAAAUAUCUGAAACAAAAAGCACAGAUGUUGAACUUUUAUUAAAACCUAUGAAUGUGUAAAGCACAUGUAUUAAUGCAGUCAUCCCCUUUCAGGUGGGAAGAGAGUAAACCAAUUGCUUUAUUUUUUUAUUCGUCCUUAGUAUACAAAAAUAUACUUUUUCUCAAAUCAUAUGCCUGUUUGAAGCUUUAAGAGAAAUGAUUUCAGUAACUUUCAUUUUUCCAAAGAUGCUUGCUAUUUUUGUUUGUGUGUACCUGAUUGUUUUCCCAUAGAACUUUUUUUUUUGAGAAGCAAAUGUUUUCUUAAAUAAUGCAUGUUUUAAGACUUGAUUCAUAUAUUGCCACUGUGCUGUUUGAACUACCAAUAAUUUUUAUAAAAUACCUAGUUUUUACUACUAUUAUAUAUUUUACUUUCCAAAUGAAGAGCUGAGCCUGAUACAAAGGGUUGUACUGGUUUGUACUUUUUCUUUUAAUUCGUAUGUUUUCAUAUUAGAGUUUUGUUUUGGGUUGUUUUUUUUUUCUAAUGUUACUAUGUCUGCUAUAUAUACAGCUUUGGAGACAAUCAAGUAACAACUGAAAAUGUGAAAGUAACCAUUUUUUACAAAAUUCCCUUGGAAUUUUUAUUCUUUGCUUGAAACAUGUAAAAGACUUAACUCACUGUGGCUUAUUGGAUUAAAUUCUUUCCUGUUAAUGCAGUUAUAAAAGUAGAAUCAGACAGUGGUGCAGGAAAUGUGGCCCUUAAGGUUUCAUAAAAUUACACUGGCUUCGCUGUUACUUGAUCUUGGGAACCGGCAGUUAAAGGGAAGAUAUUGUGAAUGCUGAUUUAUAUUUUAUUGAAAGCUGUAAAUUUAAAUAGAUCCUAUUGCGUAUGCAGGGUCUAGCCCAGUUAUUUAAGUUCACGUGUCACUGUUUGCACUUUGUAUUGAACAAUGGGUUUAUUCGCUGUUGAAAUGGUUCGAGCAGAGGAUUUAUACAGUAACUGAAAUUAGGAUGUUAUGUAUACACUUGCCCCCCCUCCCCCCCCACCCCCCCACCCCCGCCCUGGAGGGAACAGAAAAUGAGCUCGUUUAAAUAUGAAUGUGGCUGUAAUUCUAUGGAAUGUGAUAAAGCUUGAACUUCUUUCCCUGGGCUCCACAUUGUUACCUGGAGAGCAAGAGGGUUACAGAAACACCAUGUCAGAUAAUACAAUUCGAAAGAAUGAAUAGAUUAGGUGGGACAAUAAAAGCUUUUCAGCCCCUCUUAAGAGAAAUCAAUGAAGCUCUGCUUAUUAAAAAAAAAAAAAAAAUUACCUACUGGCUCUGCCUUUCAGUUCUGAACUUGAAGUCCCUAAACUGCAAAAUCUAAGGAAGAGUUGGAUACUUUUAGGUCAACUGUGGCACCAAUUCUCAUUUAAUCCAACUUGUGACUAGUUUCUUCUCAUCUCUCCUCUUCUUUUUUGGCACUGGGAAAGGUAGAAACAAAACAUGUAUUGAAAUACGUAUUGGAAAUAAAAAUGGCUUGAGUGUCAGUGAUAUUCUCCCAGAAUGUACUUUUCUUACCUCGGCAUGUACUGUAGUCACUCAGUAUUUGUAUAUGUUGCUAGAAUUUAGAUUGUAUAAAUAGUGAGAUUUUAAUGUGUUCAUGUUUUUAAUAAAUUGUAUAUAUGUGUCUUGUUCAGGG